AUGGCUGGUACACGCGAGGGUCGACAGGCUGGUGAAACAGGUGUUUCUAAGGCUCAUGACGAUCCUUACAAAGCCCUCUGUGCCGAUGUUGAAGCCUUUAUUAAGUCCUUCUACAAGCACGUUAAAAGUAAUGAUUUGGCCGAAAUUGAGAAUGACUACGUUGUUAAGUUCCCAAAGCUUACUGAACAGUAUUUUAAAACCACCCGCUGGCCUCCUGCUGAAGCGAUUGCUCCCCUUGUUAACAAGGAUUCAAUCUUUAUGAUGCUCUACAACGAACUUUUCUACCGCCAUUUGUACGCACACGUUACGUCUUUUCCCGAGUUGGAAGAGGCCCACCAGUCCUAUCUCAACUAUUGUGCUCUCUUUGACGCUCUUUUGAAACCAAAAAAUCCAGUUCAACUGGAGUUGCCGAAUCAGUGGCUGUGGGACAUUAUCGACGAGUUUAUAUACCAGUUCCAGAAGUUCUCUACUUAUCGUAGUAAGCUCAAGCGCAAACCGGAGGAUGAUGCUUUUUUGGGCCUGAAUCCUUCCACCUGGAGUAUUCAAGGUGUCAUCAGCAUCCUAUUUCAACUCGUGGAGAAGUCGAACAUAAAUCUACAGCUUAGUUACUAUGCCAUGCAACGUGAUCCCUACGAAGUGGCUGGGCCUUUUGGCCAAUGUGACCUCUACAAGAUGCUCGGUUUCUUCAGUCUCGUGGGUCUCUGUCGGGUGCACUGCCUGCUGGGUGACUACUUCACCGCGCUCAAAAUGCUUGAGCAUGUGCAGUUAAGUCGGCAGGAGAUGUAUCAUGAAGUGCCAACAUGUCACAUCACUACGGGCUACUACGUCGGCUUCGCCUACCUCAUGAUGCGACGCUUUCAGGAUGCAGUGCGCACCUUUACUCAUACCCUGGCCUACAUUGCCCGCGUCUCCGCUUGCGUUGCCCAGCGACCUGAUCUCCGGGAGUACGUGGUGAAACAGGCCGACCAGAUGACCAGUCUAUUGGCUAUCUGUAUCACCAUUAACCCAAUGCCGAUUGAUCAGGCUGUGGAGCAGCAUUUGAAGGAGAAGUUUGCAGAAAGCUUGAACCGACUGCAACAGACGAACAAGGACGAGUUCACCAUGUGCUUUGACAUCGGCUGCCCGCGCUUCAUAAAUCCGGAUUCGAAGGCGACGGAGCGUGUGAACUACGCCCUGGACGCGCAGCGCCACCAGGGCGUGGUAUUUCGCAGCGAGCUCGACCAGUAUUGGAUCGAGCUGCCGCGACUGCGGUCCUUCCUCAAGCUCUACACUUCUCUUCCCGUGGAAAAGUUGGGCCACUUCCUGGAGGAGGAUGAGGAGAACGUACAUUCCCUCCUGAUGCGUUUCAAGCACCAAUUGAAGAACGUUACCUGCACGGGAGAGACUUGUGGUAGCCUGGAGGGUACACUGCAACUCCUCUGUGACACUGACUUCUACGUGGAUGGGGAGAUGAUCCACAUCGCGGACAUGAAGGUGGAUCGUCGUUUCUCCGAGUUUUUCAUGCUCCAGUUGGAGAAGCUGCGUGAGUUGAAUGACCAGCUGGACGAGGUUGAAAAGAAACUGAGCACCGCACGUCUGCGCGCCUGA